AUGGAUGGUGUGUUAGAGGGAGCAGCUGUGGUGUGUGUGUGUAAACUGGCCUGCAGUCUUCUCUUCCUGCCCAUGGUCACUGCUUCUCUCAGUGCGGUCAGCUUCUGCUGCAGCUGCCUGCUGCUCUUCACAGACCUCGCAGUCACAAGUAAGUGUCCAUCUCUAACCCUAUUUUUGCUGUGUACAUCAGAGCUACAACUACCUGUUACUCCUUGUAAUAGGAAUUUCCAGUUUAACAAAAAGGACAGCAGACUUUAAGUCAAUCAAAAAUCAAUAGGUCGUUCCAUGAAUAGAGUACAUUUUGCGCCCCUUUGAUAUUUUAAGUAGAAAUUGUGCACCAAUAUUGAAUUUUAAAAGCCUGUUAUAUUAAAUGAAGUGCCCUUUAAUAUAGACCACAUGGAACAUUCAAUGAAUCAGAUUUUAAAUAUGAAUAAAGACUUGCUAAAAUCAGCAUUUUGACAUGCCCCUCGUCAUGUUUUUCUGACUUCUAGAAAGGUUUUAACCCACUUAACCCCAAAAUGUCUCAACGUUUUCACUAUCAUUGUAAAGCCCUAGUUAUGUUAUUGCUUUUACAGUCAUUUCUAAAGAUUAUUAAAGUUUUUUGUGGUGGAAAACUGAGCAUGUCGAGCAUAUUUGAACAAUUUAAAUUUGUUUUGUGAAGCUUGCAUCUGUUGCACACACACUUCCAUUCCCCCUGUCACAAGGGGAUUUAUGGCUGUUUUAAGAUGAAAACCUCAACCCUGUUACUUAAAUGUCACUUUAUUGGCAUUUAAGUAAUCCCAAUCUGGUAACAGGGAACAGAAGCACCCUGCGUACACAGCACAGAAGCAGAAAGAAUGCCCUUGGAGACAGGCCCUUUGUAGAAAGUCAAAACAAAAGGCAGUGAGUGACCUUGUCAGCUGCUACAGAAUCACACAGUGUUCACAGGAUGUCAUCAGUACAAUACAACAGUGAAUAAUCAGUGUCCUCGGUCCUUGUACAUUCAGUCUGGUGUCAAUUACUAUCAACAGAUAUGAGAAUCAUCCAUAUGAUUCAGUAUCAAGUCUAGUGGCCAUCAACUGGCACCUUGAGUGUCACAAACACUGGAAAUCAUGUAUUACAGAAAGGGCAAAUAUAUUAACAUGCUAAACAUUGUGUUAAUCACUCUAAACUAAAUAUGAACUUUUGUGAUCUUAAAUUUCCCCAUUACACUCCUAUAGUGUCCUGUGUGACUCAGUUGGUAGAGCAUGGCACUUGCAACGCAAGGAUUGUGGGUUAAAUUCCCACGGGGGAUCAGUACGAAAAAGUAUGAAAAUGUAUGCACUCACUACUAUAAGUUGCUCUGUAUAAGAGCGUCUGCUAAAUGACUUAAAUGUAAAAUAUCUAUAGGCUACUUCAGUGUCCCAAUCCUCAUGCUGCCAGUCCCAUCCUCCGCAUUUCUCAAUUUGAUUGAUUGGUCUUUGUUGUCCCCCAGCCUUCCUGGUUGUCCUCUGGUUUGCAGAGCCCUGGCUACCUCCAUUUUCCACGUCCACUGAUGUCAUCGCUCUGCGCUUCCUGCUCUUCCUCAGCUACAUCUACUGGGCGGUGCUGCUGAUGACCACACCUCUGGUUGUUGUGGAGACCGCCGUGAGGUUGCAGUGGCCCCAGGUCUGUGGUGGUGGAGCAGUGGACGGAGAUGUGGACGAACAGAGUAAAAAUCCUGCACCUCACGGCGGUGUGACAGUGGAGGUAGAGAACUGGCAGAGCAGGGACACAGACACGCAGAGAGGAGGGAGAGAGGACCAGGACCAGGGAAGGUGUCUGUCCCACAUACUUGGCUUCCUCUGCUGUCUGCUGGUGUGGGCUCUCUGUGGCGUCUGUGGGGGUCAGGGCUGGAAACUAGAGGAGCUGUGGGUGGAGGUCUGCCUGGAGAGGACCAGCUCCCUCACUCUGUGCCUCCCCAGCCUCCGCAACACUGUCCUGCUUGCUCUGGAUGAGCCCAGCUUGGGCCUGGCCACUGUGGCCUUGGCUCUACUGCUGGUGCUGACGGUGGGCUGGGGCCUGCUCAGACGACACCUGGCACACACAGAGACGGACCAACACACACCCACAACCACACCGACACAAAAGGAGGAACAUGACUCUGACAUUCAACUGCCUGUUCAAACACUCUCUGCACCAUGCAAGGCUGUGAACCCUGCGAUGUCAGCGGCGUCAUCCCCACGGUUUGUUGACCCAGAGACAACAUGGUCCAGAUGCUCCGUUCACAGCCCAUGUUCUGGGAACAACAUGCAGCUGUCACUGGGUCACCAUGGAAACUCUGUCCUCUUAUCCCUAGAGUUUUUGUCAGCAGACAGACUAGAGGGACACAAAGAGACAAAAGGACUAGGAGACAUACCUCUCACUGGUAUUGUGGAGGAACACACAGACUCUACCUACAGGAGCCAGCGUGGGCUGGGGCAGUGGGGCUUUUCCUGCCCGGGGGUGAAUAUAAUGACAUGGUUAGUGUGUCUGCUCACUGUCUGUGUGUUACCUCUAAACCUCAGUGUGAACAUCCUACUUAUCAGGCACAUAGAGACAAUGCUGGAGUGGAGUUUGAAGCUCUUAAUGUAGUUGAUAUAGUAAGUUCAAUCAGUAAGGCGGUCUGAAUAUCAUAUUGUUUCCUCUCUAUGGGCAUUGUUGGUAGCUUAAGGCCUGUCAUCAAACUAUUUUCUCCCAGCAGGAGGGUCUCCAUGCCAGUUUCCUCCAACAGGGCUGGCAACCUGCCAUCAUAUCUCCGAAGAUCAUUCCUCAGAGACGAGACUAUCCCCAAAACUAUUUUAAUACAUUUUCAUAUUCCACUGUCUCUGUUGUUCAUUCAGUUAGCCUGUCCUCGAUUGAACUGGCCGCACCCAAAGAAGCCAAACAGAGGGGUCUCCCAGUCAAUGUAACACCAGCAUAAAGUCAGUGUACUGGACAAUAAACCUGGAUGGUGGUAAUGUUAGAUACUGA